AUGGAAGGCAUAGUGAUUAGAGGAAAGGUUGAUGGUAAGUCUGGAGGUGUUUAUUUUCUUGUCAAGCAUAAGGAUGCUCGAGUGAAUGAUAUUGUGAAUAAGAUGAGUAACAAAAUUGAUGAUAAUGUUGAUGAUUUUGUUUCGGUCCUUGAUAAUAAUGAAGUUUUUACUAAGUCUACUCCUACCAAUAAGGAUGAGUUUGUGAGUGAAGAUGUUAACGACAUCGGGGUUAUCGAUGAUUAUUUUGCUGAUGAGAUUUUUACAAUUAAGAAAUUUCCCAUAAAAGGAAAGAAGAGUGCUCCCAGCAGUGCAGAGCGUGAUGUCGAGGAACCUGUCACCUAUAUAUUGCAUGACAUUGCUGACAAUGAAAAGAUUAAUGAGCAUGUUGUAAAUCAUGUUAAAAGGUUUAAAAUGUCUAUUGAAAAAAAUAAUAUUCCCAAGAAUACUCCAUAUGUUCCUUUUCAUUUUCAAGAAAGUACAGUCAAAGGGAAUUUUGUUUACAGUAGGAGAGUGACUCUUGAUAAACUCUUGUUGAAGCACUGA